AUGUGCUUUGGAAGCAGUGAUCAAAGAGAGUUGUCUGGGUAUGAGGCAGCCCUGCCCAUCACAGAGAAGUCAGACCCACUGACCCGGGAUCUGGACAAAGCAGAUGCCAAGCAGAUUGUUCGAUUGCUGGGGCAAUGUGAUGCUGAGAUCCUCCAGGAGGAGGGACAAGUCAUGCCCACAUGCCAGUGACUCAACAGUGAGUCAACUCAGACCACCAAGGUAUAAGUGGCUGGAAAAGUUCAGGAAGUGCUGAAGGAGCCUGAGGGGGGCGCUGGUGGGGCUGAGUGGAGGGGUACCUCUGGCAGGAUGGCAUUCCUCAUGUCGGUCUCCUUUAACCAGCUGCUGAAAGGUUUAGGACAGAAACCUCUUUACACCUACCUCAUUGCAGGAGGUGACAGGUCUGUGAUGGCCUCUAGGGAGGGGAUGGAAGAUAGUGCCCUGGAUGGGAUCGAGGAACUGAAGAAGUCUGUGGCUGCUGGGAAGAAGAGGGUGAUUGUCAUCGGCAUUUCAGUGGGACUCUUUGCUCCCUUUGUGGCAGGCCACAUGGACUACUGCAUGGAUAACCCAGCCGUCUUUUUGCCAGUCCUGACUAGUUUCAACCCAGUGAACAUGGCCAGAAAUGACCCCAUUGAAGACUGGAGUUCAACAUUUCGACAAAUAGCAGAGCAGAUGCAGAAACUGCAGAGAAAACAGAAAGCUUUUGUGCUUAAUCCUGCAACUGGGCCUGAGGGCCUCAGUGGCUCCUCCUGGAUGAAAGGUGGAAGUGCCACCAAGAUCCUGCUGGAAACCCUGUUACUGGCGGCUCACAAGACUGCGGACCGGAGCAUCGCAGCGUCUCCGAGACGCCUUCUGGAAAUCCUGCGGACAUUUGAGUGGGCUCAUCAGGUGACCUAGAGUUAAAGCCCCAAGAUCACUGCCCUGAUGAAGCAAGUCAGCACCAGCCUGGAGAAUAAAGGCUGAGUAUACCUGGUUGGCUGGCAGACCCUGGGCAUCAUUGCCAUCAUGGAUGGAGUAGACUGCAUCCACACCUUUGGUGCUGAUUUCCAAGAUGUCCAUGGCUUUCUCAUUGGUGAUCACAGUGACAUGUUUAACCAGAAGGCUGAGCUCAUCAAGCAGGGUCCCCAUUUCUCCUUCUCCCAGGAAGACUUCUUGACUUCCAUCCUGCCAUCCCUUGCAGAAAUCAACACUGUGGUCUUCAUUUUUACCCUGGAUGACAGCCUCAAGGAGAUGCAGAUGCUGGUGGAGCAGGUGAAAGAGAAGACCUCCAACAUCCAGGCCUUGGCACACAGCACUGUAGGGCAGUCCCUGCCGGAGAGGACCCCUCUGAAGAAGCUCUUUCCCUCCCUCAUCAGCAUCACAUGGCCACUGCUUUUCUUCGAACAUGACGGGGACUUCAUCCAGAAGUUCCAGCAUGAGCUAAGCACCAAGUGGGUGCUGAAUACGGUGAGUACAGGGGCCCAUGUGCUUCUUGGGAAGAUCCUCCAAAACCACAUGUUGGACCUCCACAUUGCCAACUCCAAGCUCUUCUGGCGGGCUCUGGCCAUGCUGCAGGCAUUCAGUGGACAGCCCAAGGCUUGAUGCAUCGAGAGCCUCCUCCAGGCGAUCCACUUCCCUCAGCCACUGUCGGAUGAUAUUCGAGCAGCUCCCAUCUCCUUCCACGUCCAGGUUGCACACGAGAAGGAACAGGUGAUCCCCAUAGCCUUGCUGAGCCUCCUGUCCCGGUGCUCCAUCCCUGAGGCCCAGGCAUACCUGGCUGCAGCUCCCUCUGUCCGUGAGGCUGUCAGGAGCGCCCUCACCCGGCCAGGUCGGAGCACCAGCCGCCCAGGCUGGGGAGACAGCGUCUCUCUCCUUUGGGGAGAUCUUGCUGUUCACCCAGUGGAACUCACAAGCAGAUAUGAGCAAUUGCAAUACAGGACAGAGAUCACUGAAGUGGAUUCCAACAGCAGGCUAGGUACAGAGAACCGCCAGAAUUGUUCUGAGGCUAUUACAGGGACUCCCUACGGGGUGGUCCCAGGAGGGUGUAUGCUGCUCAUUGGAGAGGUGUCUUCAACAGACCGUCCAACACCUGGAAAGUGCAAGGUCAAGUAG